AUGGGCAGGGCCGAUGCAGAGACGGGCCACGUGCCUGAAAAAAUGAAGCCCCCCGAUGGAGGCUGGGGCUGGAUUGUGCUGCUGGGUUGCUUCGUCAUCACUGGCUUUUCCUAUGCCUUUCCAAAGGCAGUGAGUGUCUAUUUCAAGGAGCUGAUGUAUGACUUCCACGUGGGCUACAGUGACACAGCCUGGAUCUCAUCUAUCAUGCUGGCUAUGCUGUAUGGAACAGGACCUGCAUGCAGCAUUAUGGUGAACCAGUUCGGCUGCCGGCCGGUGAUGCUUGUGGGGGGGCUCCUGGCUUCCUCAGGAAUGAUUCUGGCCUCCUUCACAACAAAUAUUAUUGAGCUGUAUUUGACGGCUGGCAUGCUCACAGGUUUAGGCAUGUCUCUGAACUUUCAGCCUUCUCUGAUCAUGUUAGGCUCCUACUUUGACAAGCGCAGACCUCUAGCCAAUGGGCUUGCAGCGGCUGGGAGCCCCGUUUUCCUUUCAGCCCUCUCUCCACUAGGACAAGUCUUGUUGGAUAAGUUUGGCUGGCGAGGGGGGUUCCUCAUUAUGGGGGGCUUGCUGCUCAACUGUUGUACCUGUGGAGCAGUCAUGAGACCUCUGGAGGUCAGUAUGAAGAAGAGAGAGAAAACCCAGGACAAAUAUGAAGUGAAAGAAAUGCUCCCGAUGGGAGGGAGGGCAGAAGAGGUCAUCAGCACCACGGAAAGCACCAAGAAGUCAAAGAAAGCCAAGAAGAAAAAGCACAAGAAAAAGAAAAAGUUGUUAGAUUUUUCUAUCUUCAAAAACCGGGGAUUCGUCAUUUAUGCCAUUGCCAAAUUCAUCAUGGUGCUGGGCCUCUUUGUGCCCCCAAUAUUGCUCGUCAACUACGCCAAAGACAUAGGAGUGCCGGACAAAGAAGCUGCUUUCUUGUUGUCCAUAAUUGGUUUCAUAGAUAUUUUUGCCCGCCCAUCCUGUGGCAUGGUGGCUGGACUUAAGUGGGUGCGCCCCCACGUCACUUACCUGUUCAGCUUUGCUAUGCUGUUCAAUGGCCUGACAGAUAUACUCAGUGCCAGGGCCAACACCUACUCAUCCCUCAUCAUCUUCUGUAUCUUCUUUGGCAUAUCCUAUGGGAUGGUGGGAGCACUGCAGUUUGAGGUCCUCAUGGCCAUCAUCGGGUCACAGAAGUUCUCCAGCGCCAUUGGGCUGGUGCUGCUCAUCGAGGCCUUUGCUGUGCUCAUUGGACCUCCUUCUGCAGGACUCUUAGUGGAUGCACUCAAGAAAUAUGAUGUUAUCUUCUAUCUGGCUGGCUCAGAGGUUGUGUUGUCCUCUCUCUUUCUGGCCAUUGUUUCCUACUGCUGCUUGAAUAGGGGAAAAAAGAUGACCUCACAACCAGAGCCGCCUCCUCCAGGUGGAGGUGGCAGUGAAACAGAGGAAGCAGAAUCAGACAUACAGGAAGCAGAUGAUCAUCCUGGCGACAAUCACUACCUGCCUCACAGUGGUAACAAUGCUGGGGGUGAUGCAGCAAAUCACCUUACGGAAAACAGAAAUGCAGAUAGAGUUGGGCGGCCCGACGCAGAGGGCAUGGUAAUGAUACCAGGUGGCUGCCAUGUUGACCAGAUAGUGGAAAGAGACAGUUUUUAG